AUCUCUCCUCGGUGAUAUCAGUCACGAUGGAAUGAAACUGGGUAGAUCCCUACCUUUCGCGCGGACAAGGUGUACGAGUAGAUCUUUCACCUUAUCGACUCUUCUGGCUCCCGCUCGACUGCAGUACCACCGCCACGCCGAAAAAUACACUCGGUAAAAUAAGAGAAGAUCAAAUCGUUCGCAGAUUUCACGUCGCUCCAUUUACUAUUUAAUUUUCCUAAUGAAUGACCACUCGUAUAAAUGAAAACAUGGAAAGCAACAACGAAUACCCUCGCCCUAAAUAUAGACAGAGUAAACCGAUCUCGACCUCGCACGUAAGUGAAUCACGUUCCAUUACGUUUCACGACGUCGUUUUGACUCACGUUCGACGUUUUGAUUCGCGUACCAAUUUGUCUCAGGACAACGCAAUAUACGCGACGCCCAAAGAAAAAAAUUAUUUCACUGAGAACAACAUUUACGAUACGUUCCAUUUCCUCCUCUGUCAUAUCAUCGUUGAUCAACCGGAAGAUCCCGUCCAGUAUCUGAACCGACUGAUCGACGACUUGAUAUUAUUUAGAGCGGGAUUAAAGAAUCCCCGAUUACUAUGGACAGAAAAGCAUGUCGACGCGAUGUUCAAGAACGUGGCUCCUUGUGGCUCGGAUCUCUUAUCAUUGGACGAUUAUAAGACCGCGAUGAAGAGUUUAGGCAUACGAUCCUACGAUCCUUGCCCCGAGCAAACCGUUCCAGGAUACGUGAACCGGCAAACCUUUCGCAGAGAAGCGUCGAACGACAUGAAGAGAGAACUGAUCUACAUGAUCGAUGCCAAGCAACGAGUCAAAUGUCUCGAUUCAUUGGCACGACAAACGUAACGAUUACAGAAUGCAAGGAAUUAGGUUUAAGUCGACGUUGCACGAAAAUUUAUAACUAGCUGCACUCUCUCCGAAUUUGAAAUUCCGGAAAAGAUUUUCGAAGCGAACGUAACGGGCGAUACGAUCUGUUGUCGCGGUGGAUUUAAAAGUAAGGAACGCGUAG